AUGUGUUCCUGAGGCAGACAGUUGCUUCAAGCAGUUAUCGAAGGAAGUUGAUAUCCUCAGUCAUUGCUGGUUUCUUAAACCAUGUUUAAGAACACGUUUCAGAGCGGCUUCUUGUCCAUCCUGUUCAGCAUAGGAAGCAAGCCUUUGGAAAUCUGGGACAAAAAGGUGCGAAAUGGUCGCGUCAAAAAGGUCACAGAUGCUGACAUCAGGUCAUCUGUGGUGGAGAUUGUUGGGGUAAACGUCAGCACAACAUAUAUCACCUGCCCGGCAGACCCCAAGAAAACCCUGGGAAUCAAGUUGCCAUUCCUUGUGAUGAUCAUCAAGAACUUGGAUAAGUACUGCGCUUUCGAGAUUUUGGUGCUGGAUGACACGAAAGUGCGCCGACGGUUCAGAGCGAGCAACUAUCAGAAAGUAACCAAAGUCACGCAGUCCAUGUGUAUAAUGCCCAUGAAGCUGGACGAUGGGUGGAACCAGAUACAAUUCAACCUUUCAGACUUUAUGAGGAAGGCCUACGGGACCAACUACCUCGAGACUCUGCGCGUCCAGAUCCACGCUAACUGCCGCGUCCGCCGGGUCUAUUUCACCGACAGGUUGUACGAAGAAGAUGAGCUGCCAGCAGACUACAAGCUCUUCCUACCGAUACCAGCGCAGAGCCGAAGCGUCUAAACCACUGUUCUAUCCAGCCUGAAUUUUUUUCUGUCCCCUGGAUUUUGAAUGGAAAUCCUUUUGAAGGUGCGACGUUUCUAGGGGGAUCCAAGGGCAUGCUCCCCCAGGAAAACUGUGAAAUCUAGACCCUCUGAAAUGCCAUUUCCUUUAUUUUGAGGGGCAAAUUUUGCUGGUAGACUCAUUUUGGUUCAAUGUACUCAUGGUUUCUUGAAAAAGUGAAUGUACAUGUGAUGUUAAAUGUACUCACAAAAUCUUUUUUGUCACAGCCCUCUGUUUUCACCUUG